AUGUCUGUUCAAUACGCUUACUACCGUCCAACAACACCCCCGGACGCCCCAUUGAGCGCGGCGCAUAGUCGACAUGCCUCAGACUCCUCGGUUUACUCCACCGAUGCUUCGUCCCCAUGGUCUGCCACCACAUCUGCAACUAGCCCUGGCGGCUCUCCGCCCCGGAAGCUCCAUCACGGGCCAGCGCUUCUUCCCAAGAUCCGGCCUCAAGAUGUGGUGGUUGAGCCAGCUCCUAUGGCUGGAUCGCAGCGUCAACGUCGCAACACGCGAAAUCCGCCAGCUCCCUUACCGUACGUUCAUGGCAGCUCAGGAGCACAGCGGAGCGCUUAUCUCACAUCCCAGGCCGCUCCGGGGUACAGCACAAGCAAUGGCGUGGCUCUAUUGUCACCACUGAGCAUCACAUCCUCGAACAAGCGCAAGGCAUCUUCUUCGCCUGAGGGUCAUUCUCGGUAUGCUUCUGAGUCGAGAAGCCGUGAGGCGAUGCUGGAGCGAUACGGUUAUCCAACGUACCGACAGCUGCCCAGGUACAUUGUCCCGUCUAUGCCAGCAACCCCGAAUAUCAUCGUGCAUCCACCUUACUUGCAGCAGCGCUCGACAGCCGAAUACACUUACCAACAACAACCGGCUGUCGUGUCGAAGAUGCCACAGUACUGCCAUCAGCAUUCGUACACUCAGGAUGUUCAUCCCUAUCCCCUUGGCCCAGUCUGUCACCCUGAGGAAGUGGAUGAGUCAACAACAAUACUUGCGUACCUCACUGCGCCUACCCAAGCCAUCAAGCUAGUCCGAAACGUGAACGUCGUCCCAAUUCGGGGAAUGCACGACUAUUUUUGGUGGGACGUUCGCAACCUACGCAACUGGAACUCAUUCCAUCCCUCUACAUUUGACUCAAUCGAUUGCCUGACGAAGCUCCUAACGACAGAAAUCCCAUCAUACCUCACCCCAUCAACCAUGGUCCAUCCAUCGCGCCUCGCACCUGAAUGCGAAACUACGUUGAUCGGUCUAAUAAAUGACAUCUACGCACCAAGGGUGAACGCCGCACUGGCUGUAUCUCAAGGUCCCAACCACUUACGGCUCUACCCUGCACCCGGUGUACGCACUUCAGUGAACAGGAACUACGGCGGACCGCAUUUUCUCGCCAACUACUCAACCGAUACGUACCAGACGGCCUCGGGACUACCCCAGGGCCGACUAGUCGGGAUAGUUAGAAGCUUUGACCGGUGGAACACGGGGAUGCGCAAGGAAGCAGAACCAAGACGGGUCGAGUACCUCAACGGACUUGCACAUCUGCAGCGAUGUAUGCGCGAACACGGCUGCCGAUACGGAUUCAUAAUGACUGAAAUCGAACUAGUCUGCGUGCGCGCAGGCUGCGACAGCGGCGACAGUGAAGCAGUCCCAUAUUUCGGCUUCCUCGAAAUCUCCUCACCCAUUCCAACCAAAACCUCCGAUGACGAUAGCCGCUUCCACUCACCCGCCUUAUCCAGCGCCGGCACCGACGGCCUCUCAUCCUCGACUUCAUCCACCCGCAGCCGCAGCACCAGUCACUCGCCUAAUCCUGACCGCACAACACACCCGUACUACACGGAAAAUGCAAACCCACAAUCCCUCGACGGGCCCUUAACAACAACCCUAGCCCUGUACUUCCUCCUCAUGCUCUCAAAAGACACACCUUUGCCCUCGCAGCCGUCACCGCACAUCAACGUUGGUGGGCCAGGCGCGCUUACCCGGCAGAAGGUUCUGCCGGAGGGGAGGGAUAAGUGGAUUCCAAAAGUGCAUGCUGGAGAGACGAGAGAUGCGAAGAGGGUUAGGGGUUGGGUGUGGCCGGAGGAUCCGUGGCAUAGACGGGAGGGGGGUGGAGUGUCGUCGAGGGGGAGGGGGAGGGCGGUUAAUGAUAGUAAUGGGGAGGGGGAUGUGAGGCUUAAAAGGUGGCAUAAAUAG